GGACUACUGGAGUUUUAAGUUACUUUCCUCAAAAUGUGGUCUCAAUGUGUUUAAAACCAAGGGAGAUAACCCUCAAUAUCAAACGCGCACUUAACAUCAAUUAGGAACAAUGGCGACAGACUCACAGUCCGACGGCGAAUGGGAAGAGGAAUCUACUGUUCUGGUUGAACUAUCUGGAGUCAUAGACUGUGAUUUCCUCAACACUGAAGAAACUAAACAUUACACCAAAGCCCUGGGCUUAGGAACCCCAAACCCAGUUGUACAAAUUGGUUCACACAUAUUUUCUGGCAAAUAUGAAACUAAUGUCGGUACUUCGUUACUUUUUGAUGAUGUAAAUAAAGAUGGUGCUACGAAAUUAGAGUAUUUAUGCCACACUGAUAAGAAGCUGCUUCUGAAACGGGUCUUCCUGCAAAAGAAAGAUGAUUCUCCAAGAAUUGAUAUUGAUGAUAUGGAAGACUGCAGUAUUCUCUCUUCUGGUAAUACCCUGAGGUCUUGUAAUAUGCCUAUGUGAUCCAUCCAGAAUGAAGCCUAACAGUGUCAUAGUAUCCAUUUACUUGCAAGUCUAUGAUGGAAUCAGACAGAAGACAAACUAAGAAUGGUUUCUCUCCGAAAAGAUGUUCAAAAACCUCAACCAUCCUUCUGCCCAAUUUGACCAUUAACAUUAUGUAAAUUAACAUUUAAAUAAAUCUAUCAUCGAUA